GAGAGCAAAAGGCAACAGCAGCUGUAAAAUUCUAUACAGGCAAAACUGCAGACACCUAAGAUGACGCAAUCUCCGCGCGGGGUGGGGAGGGGCUCCGCGAGGACCUCAGCCUGGAGAUAUCACCUGGGAAGCGGAAGCCGUCGGUAGAGAAGUGGCGGCUGACGGUGACGGUGUUUCAGACAAGACUGAGGAUCUGAAAGGGAAGGUGACCUUUCCACAGUCACAAAGUAAUUGAUAGAGUUGGACAAGAACCUAAAUCUGUAACUGAAGAGACCAGAGGUCUCUGUUACACUUCUUGGCAAGACAGUAAGAUCUUUGCAAAUUUAUCUAGUGCAAAAAAAUGCCUAAAGUGAAAAGGAGCCGGAAAGCUCCCCCAGAUGGUUGGGAGUUGAUAGAACCAACACUGGAUGAAUUGGAUCAAAAGAUGAGAGAAGCUGAAACAGAACCUCAUGAGGGAAAGAGGAAAGUGGAAUCUCUGUGGCCUAUCUUCAGGAUCCACCACCAAAAAACGCGGUAUAUUUUUGACCUCUUUUACAAGAGGAAAGCCAUAAGCAGAGAACUAUAUGAAUACUGUAUUAAAGAAGGCUAUGCAGAUAAAAAUCUGAUCGCAAAAUGGAAAAAGCAGGGCUAUGAGAACUUAUGCUGCCUACGCUGCAUUCAGACACGGGACACCAAUUUUGGAACAAACUGCAUUUGCCGGGUCCCCAAAAGCAAGCUGGAAGUGGGCCGGAUCAUCGAGUGCACACACUGCGGCUGCCGGGGCUGCUCUGGCUGAGGCCCUCAGGUCCUGACCCCGUCUUCACCCUGAACUUUGGACUUCGCGGGUUUCUGCCUGUCGCGCCACCCCCUUUCCUGGGAGCAGCUCUUCUUGCAGAGCAGUGCUCCUGGCCUGAGUUGGAGCAUGGUCUCUACAUGUAAAGGCUUUGGUGUUUCUCAGCUGUGAUUUGUAGAAAUAAAAUUUUUAAAACUUC